AUGGCAGACUGUUGUGUACGGACAUGCCCACGGCCAAUGUGUAACCCUCCUUCCUAUGCUGACCUUGGCAAAGCUGCCCGAGAUACUUUCAACAAAGGAUAUGGCUUUGGGUUGGUAAAGUUGGAUGUGAAAACAAAGUCGUGCAGCGGUGUGGAAUUUUCAACAUCUGGUUCAUCUAACACGGACACUGGUAAAGUUAGUGGGACCUUGGAGACCAAAUACAAAUGGUGUGAGUAUGGUCUGACUUUCACAGAGAGAUGGAACACCGAUAACAUGGGGACAGAGAUCGCGAUUGAAGACCAGAUCUGUCAAGGUUUGAAGCUGACAUUUGAUACUACCUUUUCACCAAACACAGGGAAGAAAAGUGGUAAAAUCAAGUCUGCUUACAAGAGGGAGUGUAUAAACCUUGGCUGUGAUGUUGACUUUGAUUUUGCUGGACCUGUGAUCCACGGCUCAGCUGUCUUUGGUUAUGAGGGCUGGCUUGCUGGGUACCAGAUGACCUUUGACAGUGCCAAGUCAAAGCUGACAAGGAGUAACUUUGCAGUGGGCUACAGGACUGGGGACUUCCAGUUACAUACUAAUGUCAAUAAUGGGACAGAAUUUGGAGGAUCAAUUUAUCAGAAAGUGUGCGAAGAUUUCGAUACCUCGGUAAAUCUUGCUUGGACAUCAGGUACCAAUUGCACUCGCUUUGGCAUUGCAGCUAAAUACCAGUUGGAUCCUACUGCUUCCAUUUCUGCAAAGGUCAACAACCCCAGCUUAAUUGGAGUGGGUUACACUCAGACUCUGAGGCCUGGUGUGAAGCUUACACUGUCUGCUCUGGUAGAUAGGAAGAGCUUUAAUGCUGGAGGCCACAAACUUGGGCUUGCCUUGGAACUGGAGGCUUAAUCCAGUUGAAAGAAACCUCUGGGAAUGGAUAUCAGAAGAUUUGGCCUUAAUAUAUUUCCAUGUGACCAGCAGGCUCCUCCCCUUCCCCCCAGAAGGUGAUCAAAUCAAAGGAUGAUUAAACAAGAGCUGUAUUUUAAAUAUUUA